ACGAGUUCUAAGUGGGCGAUCUCCAAUGAUGCGAUAACAAUUUAUUAUCUCGAUUUGCAUUGUACCUAUAUAAACAAGCAUCCUUACGAUUCUAAAGUACGUUUUAAGUGGACGCCGGACAGACAAGAUGAAGGUUGCAUUAGUACUUAGUGUGAUAGCAUUAGGAUGCUCAGCUCUGGUAACCAAACAAGAAAGGAGAUUUCCCGAUGACUUUCUCUUCGGAACAGCAACUGCAUCAUAUCAAAUCGAGGGCGGCUGGAAUGCUGACGAUAAAGGUGAGAACAUAUGGGACCACAUGACACACAAUCAUCCGAACGUUAUUAAAGAUGGUUCGAAUGGAGACGUUGCCGCUGACACAUACCACAACUAUAAGCGAGAUGUCGAGAUGAUGAGGGAAUUAGGUCUCGAUGCGUACAGGUUUUCCCUUUCAUGGUCCCGAAUUUUACCUGAUGGUCUCUCAAACCCCGUCAGCGCAGCUGGUAUAGCUUUUUAUAACAACUACAUUGAUGAAAUGCUGAAGUACGGCAUCACACCCAUGGUUACUCUUUAUCAUUGGGAUUUACCGCAAAAAUUACAAGACCUAGGUGGCUUUGCCAAUCCUCUAUUCCCAGACUGGUUUGAAGAGUACGCUCGUGUUGUUUAUGAUAAUUUCGGAGAUCGAGUUAAACAUUGGAUCACAUUCAAUGAGCCCAGAGAAAUAUGUCUCGAAGGUUAUGGGUCCACCACGAAAGCUCCAAUCCUCAACGCCACUGGUAUCGGAAGUUAUCUAUGUGCCAAAUAUCUCGUGCUUGCACACGCCAAAGCAUACCAUUUAUAUAACAAUGAGUAUAAAUCUAGCCAAGGUGGCGAAUGUGGUAUCACGAUCAGCGUGAACUGGUUCGGACCACUUACGGAUACUGAAGAAGAUAGGUUUGCGGCGGAAAUCAGACGGCAAGCAGAGUGGGGUCUGUAUGCUGAACCUAUUUUCUCAGAACAGGGUGGCUUUCCCAAGGAGUUUACGGAGCGAGUAGCUCAAAAGAGUGCAGAACAAGGAUACCGCUCUUCUCGCUUGCCAGAGUUCACGGAAGAAGAGAAACAAUUCGUGCGUGGUGCAUCUGAUUUCUUCGGUGUGAACCACUACACUGCGUACCUAAUUUCUGCAACCGAACACAUUACUCAAAAUGUUGUUCCGUCCUUGUAUGACGACGUUGGUGUAGGCGUGUAUGUACCGGAAGAAUGGCCUCAGUCGGCAUCAUCAUGGUUGACGGAAUCACCUGACAGUAUUCUCAACGUGCUAAAUCAUCUCAAUCAAAAAUAUAACAACCCCAAAUUCUACAUCACUGAAAACGGUUGGUCCUCUCCACCAUCGUCUGGAUUGAUAGAUGAUGACAGAAUCCGAUAUUAUCGAGCUGCCUUAGAAAACUGUUUAGAUGCUAUCGAUGCAGGAGUAAGACUUCAGGGUUACAUGGCAUGGAGCUUGAUGGAUAACUUCGAAUGGAUGGAAGGUUUAACGGAAAGAUUUGGUCUCUACCACGUCGAUUUCGAAGAUCCAUUGCGCCCCCGGACAGCAAGAAAAUCAGCAUUCGUUUACAAGGAAAUCAUCAAAACUCGCGUCAUCGACCACAGUUAUGAACCUGCUACCAUGACUAUGACCAUUGACGAAGGACGAUAAAUUUAAUGAUUUAUGCAAGCAAGUUUUGGUUUAGAAUAGUAAUAAGUUAACUAGCUAUGUAGGUACCUACAUUACAUUUAAAUAAAUCAAAUAGACGCUA